AUGGGGGAAAAACCCUCCACAUCGUGUCUGGCGGAGGCGGGUAUGGGGAGCCUCCCCCGAACCCGAUUACCCGUGGGGGUCUCCAACCCUUCACUCUCCCCGUCUCCCGAGUCCAGCAGCCGCCAGGGCGUAGCGAGUAGCGACGCACGCGCACCAUCUCUCCUCUCCCCCCUCGACCCUCUCGCUCAGAUCCACGCUCCUCGCCGGCUCGCCGUGCCCCGUCCAGCCGUUCCCGUGCUUGUUAGACUCCAUUAUAAGCUAGUCUGUGAACUUAAUUUCGCGGGUAUGGGGCCCCGACGGGAACCCGAUUCCCUAUCGGAGACGGUGGUGUCAAGCUUAUCUUUGCUGUCGUCCUCCAGUUACAGCUCAACUGCUGAACCAGUUAAGGUUUUUGGCACCUCGUUACCGCCCUUGGAAAUCGAGAACAAAGUCAUCUUCCCCGAUCAUGUUUUGUUGUUAGUUGCCGGCGGCGUUUUCAAUGCUGAUGCUAAUUUGAGGUGGGCUGGGGUGAAUAAUAGAAUUUUCUUGGGGGGUGUAUAUGAAAAAAAUGGGUUGCGGCUGACUAAUCAUAAUAAUAAUAAAAGAAAAAAGUCUUGUUGUUCUUGGGAAAAUGUGGUGUAUGAGGCCGCCCUCGACGGCACCACAAUUGUUGUGUUCGUGAAGGGAUUGAAUGUGAGGGCCAAUAGGUUGUCCGAUCCUAGGCUGUUUACUUGCCAUUUUGAUGUACGGAAAUCGGACAUGAAUGGUAAUAGGUACAACCUUAUAAGGACGACGGCUUUAACCGCGGCCCAGGAAGUCGUAAGGUGUCCACUGUCACAUGUCGUCCAGACCAGCCCUAAAAAAUUUGAAGAAAUUCGCGUGACAGUUGGAUAUUCCCAAUCGGGGCGUGAAAAUCCACUCAUGCCGUCAGUAGCAGCAACGGGUUUGGCCAUACGCGAAUGGAUAAUGUACCAUUCUUGGCUUGGAGUCGAGAGGUGGUUCGUGUAUGACAACAAUAGUGAUGACGGACUCGAUAAAGUCAUUCAAGAACUCGAUCAAGAGAACUACAACGUGACGAGGCAUGUUUGGCCGUGGAUCAAAACCCAAGAAGCGGGCUUCUCUCAUUGUGCUUUGAAGGCACGAGACGAGUGCAAUUAG